AUGGAGGAUCCGGAAAUUCCAGGUGGAUCCUCCAUGGAACUUCCGACAAAGUUAUGUUCUGACUUGUUCACUUGGCGAGGCCGUCAAUCUGUGGAGGACAUUGCGGCGAUUGAUGCUAGUUGGUUGUCUCACUUGCCUGGCCUGAUGUUUAAGAGACUUGAUUGGCCGUUGAUUUCUGCUUUUGUUGAGAGGUGGCAGCCAGAUACGAACACCUUUCACAUGUCAUUUGGGGAGAUUACGAUCUUGCUGCACGACGUGUACAACAUACUUGGGUUACGGGUUGCAGGCAAUAUGGUGUCCACUACUCCUAGCACGGACGUGUUACGGGACGCGUGCUCGGUCACCAUGGAUAUGACUCCAGAUGAUCUGUCUGAGGUUUGCGGCACAAAGACCAUUUGGCAGGGUAGUGGGGUGUUGACUGAUAAGAUUUUAGAGUCGACAUUGGCGGUCGACCGGGAUUUUAGUGAGCAGCUUGAUGCAUACUUGUGGUUAGUGCUUGGAGGUACACUGUUUGUAGACAAGAGUGGUAACCGUACGCAUCCUUCCUUCCUUCACGAGCUAUGUCACACGGAUGUCCCUAUUAACGAGUAUGCUUGGGGAACAGCUGCACUAGCCUACUUGUAUCGGCAACUGGGCACGGCAUCACGGAAAGGUGCUGAUUCGAUUGCUGGUUGUCUCACGCUUCUGCAAGCGUGGAUUUACGUGAUUCGACGAGCUACAUCAUCCAAAACAAUCAUUGGGUGGUUAUGUGUCCCGGUGUGA